UGAAGCCACGCUGCCAUUGUCUCGCUUUGUGAAACAUUACGGACGCAGGGCUGUUACUGAGUGAGACAGAAGUGUGAACGAGUUCAGAAACAAUCCCAUUGCCAAGAGGCAGACAAGAGAGAAAAACCUGCCAUUUACUGUAACGUUUAAAUGGCUAAGAAAGAGGAGACGUGUGAAGCUGAUCUGAAUAUCAUAGAAUUAAGGAUCAUAAAUGUUAAGGAGGAAGACUGUGAAUGGGAGAGUGUCCACCCCAUACAGGAUAGUCUGGACAUUAAGGAAGAGGACCAUGAACUGGGGUUAGUUAGUAUUAAAGAGGAAGAUAAAGAGGAGUGUGUCAGCACUGAGAUACACAACUAUAGGAGUAUAAAGAGUGUCAAGGAAGAUGACCUUCAUUAUGGACAUCAAGAUGGAGCAGUGACCGGGUUAGUCUCUUCUCAUAGCAGACACUGUUUAUCUCCAGAGUCUUCUGUCAGUGUACAAUAUGAAUUACUACAAUCUGACACAAAGGAGUUUGACGACGUUUUGUCUUCUAGAACUGAGGAAGGUCAACCACCACCUAAGACGUCAUCUGAAACAAGAAUCGAACUUCACUGCUGUUCUGAAUGUGGCAAGCAGUUUUCAGACAGAAGCCAUCUUUGGUGCCACCAAAGAAUUCACACAGGAGAGAAGCCAUAUUCCUGCUCUGAAUGUGGAAAACAAUUCUCUUACAGAAGUAAAUUUCAGAUACACAUUAAAACUCACUCGGGAGAGAAGCCGUAUUGCUGCUCUGAAUGUGGGAAAAAAUUUUCACGAAGAUUCCACCUUCAAAGGCACCGAAAAAUUCACACGGGUGAGAAGCCAUAUGACUGUUCUGAAUGUGGCAAGAAGUUUUCACAGAGAUUCCAACUUCAAAGGCACCAAAGACUUCACACAGGAGAGAAGCCAUAUUGCUGCCCUGAAUGUGGUAAACGAUUCUCUUGCCUUGGUUAUCUUCAGACACAUGUUAAAAUUCACACAGGAGAGAAGCGAUAUUGCUGUUCUGUAUGUGGUAAACAAUUCUUUUACAGUAGUUUUCUUCAGAAACACAUUAAAACUCACUCAGGAGAGAAGCCGUAUUGCUGCUCUGAAUGUGGCAAAAGGUUUUCACAGAGAAGCCAUCUUAAGAGCCACCAGAGAAUUCACUCGGGAGAGAAGCCAUAUGACUGCUCUGAAUGCGGUAAACAGUUUUCAGAGAGAAGCAAUUUUCAGCGCCAUCAAGUAAUUCACACAGGACAGAAACCAUAUUGCUGCUCUGAAUGUGGGAAACAAUUUGUUUGUAGUAGUUUUCUUCAGAAGCACGUUAAAACUCACUCAGUAGAGAAGCCGUAUUGCUGUUCUGAAUGUGGCCAAACGUUUUCACAGAAAAGCCUUCUUAAUAGCCACCAAAGAAUUCACACAGGGAAGCCAUAUGACUGUUCAGAAUGUGGCAAAACGUUUUCACGAAGUUUCCAACUACAAAGGCACCGAAGAAUUCACACAGGAGAGAAGCCAUAUUGCUGUUUUGAAUGUGGAAAAAAGUUUUCACAGAGAAGCUGUCUUAAGAAACAUCAAAGAAUUCACACGAGGGAAAAAAAUGACAGAAACUCCCCCGCCUUGUCCACAGAUGAGCUCAGUACAGCAUGCUAAGCAGCAGAAGAAAGAAUUCAAAAAGUUUGAUGAAAACAAAAAAGAACUAAUUGGGGAAACUCCAAGUAAAGUGGUAAAUACACUGCCCUCCUCCAACAGCUUCAUGUGGAAACAGAACUUACUCAUGUGUGGCUUAUGAGGGGUGAGCUAAGACCAAAAGGUGUAUGCCUCAUCAUAGGUGCACAAAACAGUGGCUUGGACACAAAGUGGUUCUGAUCAUAAAUAGGAUAAAAUAAAAAAAUAACCCAUAAUUGUCACUUCUGCCACAAAAGAAACAGUCACACAUCUUGUUGCUGGAUGUGAGGUACUGAUUGCUGAUGAUUUUACACUGCACAACACCACAAAGUGGCUCAUUCACUGGAAACUCUACAAGAAGUACAACUUACCAGCACCAGAAAGAGACUGGGACCACAACUCAGACAGCACAAUGGAAAAUAAGGAGGUGCAGGUCACUUGUAGCACAGCAAUACUGACUGACUGACUGAAAAAUAGAGGCCUGAAGACCAGAUGUAAGAAAUCCUGGAUUACAGAAAUAUUAAUUCCUAGUGAUUACUCAGUCCUAAAAUUGGAGAGGCAAGAAAGAAACAGAAUACCAAGAAACGCAGUCUGAGAUAAGACAAAUGAAAUGUGGGACAAAAAAAUAAAAACAGAAGAAGUGCCUGCUGUUCUAGGAUGAACAGGACUGAUAAAGAAAAACGUUCAGGCCCAUCUUGACAAAUUACAGUAACUCCUUAUGACCUGCAAAAAGAAGCCUUAUUAGGAACAAUGCAGGUUGUAGUCCUUGUUGUAAACUUACGAGAGUCAGAAGUUAAGCAGUACAAUGAGACUGUCCUGACUAAAGAGUGAAGUUCACUCCUGUUUUGAUGGUAAGCACACCAAGAAAAUUUGGAUGAACUAAACCUGAGAGAAGCUGAAUUGUUGUUCUGAAUGUGGUAAUCAAAUCUGGCACAGAAAUACUCUUCUGAUGCACAUUGAAAUUCACGCAGCGGAGAAGCCGUAUGGGUGUUCUGAAUGUGGUGAACAGUUUUCAUGGAGAAACAACCUUUUGGAUCCAACAGCAACAUUUAUUUACAUAGCACAUUUUCAUACAAACAAUGCAGCUCAAAGUGCUUUACAAGAUGAAAUAAGA